CAAGGAGAUCAGCUGUUGUCCCUGCGAGUGGAAGUCGAGCCGUUCCUCAAAAUCCCCGAAAUUCCCCCGAAAAGGAUUUUUUAUGUAACUCCGAGGAUCUUCCAUUGUGGAGGACAACGAAAGGCUGUUAGUUAAGAAUAAACAGCAUGAUGCUUCGGCUGCGGCUGAAGACCAAAGGGGGUGGUCAGUUCCCUCUGACGGAGAGGGUGAGUGGAGACAGCACCAUUGAAGAGCUGCGGUCGGCGAUCUUUGAAGUCACGUCAAUCUGUCCCGAAAGGCAGAAGAUCCUCUCAGGAUAUCCCCCAAAGCCUGUGCUGGGACACCGUGACAUGUCCCUGAGCAGCGCCGGCAUCAGAAAUGGCGAGGUUUUGAUCGUCGAGGAUGUUGAACCGUCGAUAAAUGCGACAAGCAUACCCUCUGGGGCCCCAGCCAGCGACCCCCGACCUGCCCUCAAGGAGGCGCCGAGUGCCCCCCGCCCCACCGCUCCCCCCACAACAAAAGUGCCUACCAGCCAAAGCCUGACGCAAAAGGGCAUCCUCUUGAAGAAGGUCGUCCCGUCGGAUAAUUCCUGCCUCUUCGCCAGCAUUUACUAUCUUGUCAACGGUGGAGGGAAAAUCGACACGAAGGAGCUCCAUGCCAUGAGGCAGGUGGUCGCCACUGUCAUCCAGAGUCAGCCGGACGUGUACAGCGAGGCCCUCCUGGAGAAGUCCAACAGCGACUACUGCAAGUGGAUCCUCAAGGAGACCUCCUGGGGGGGGGCCAUCGAGCUCUCCGUCUUCAGCAAUUACUACGAGAUUGAGAUCGUCGCCCUGGACGCCAAGACGGGCGUGCUGAACAGGUUUGGAGAGGAUAAACGUUUCGACCACAGGAUGAUAGUCAUGUACGACGGCAUCCACUAUGACCCUGUGUACAUGGAGACGUUUGAG